AGCAGCCGCUGUGCCAUCGUGGAACACCCAUUUUCUCUCGUUUCUCUUUUUCUUCUUCGCUCGUCUCCGUCGCCGAUCUCGUCGCUAUAUCUCCCGCGAGUUGAUUUGGUACAAAAAGCGUUAACCAAAAUGGUAGGAGGAGGAUUUAUCCAACAGAUUCUCAGGAGGAAGCUUCACUCCCAAUCACUUGCAACUCCGGUCCGGUCGUGGUUAUCUUCAACAAAAGCUAAUGUGGAUGCUGGGUCUUCUGGUGUUAGAGCAUUUGCUCUCUUGGGUGCUGGUGUUACUGGUCUAUUGAGUUUUUCUACAGUAGCAUCUGCUGAUGAGGCUGAACACGGGUUGGCCUGUCCAGACUACCCUUGGCCUCAUGAUGGCAUUCUCAGCUCUUAUGACCAUGCUUCGAUCCGUCGUGGGCAUCAAGUUUAUCAGCAAGUGUGUGCAUCUUGCCAUUCAAUGUCUCUGAUCUCAUACCGAGAUUUGGUGGGUGUAGCCUACACUGAGGAAGAGGCUAAGGCAAUGGCAGCUGAAAUCGAGGUUGUUGAUGGACCUAAUGAUGAGGGUGAGAUGUUCACCCGUCCUGGUAAACUCAGUGACCGCUUGCCUCAGCCAUAUGCCAAUGAAUCUGCUGCAAGGUUUGCUAAUGGUGGAGCGUAUCCUCCUGAUCUCAGUCUUAUCACUAAGGCACGUCACAACGGUCAGAACUACGUCUUUGCUCUUCUGACGGGUUACCGUGAUCCUCCUGCUGGCAUUUCAAUUAGAGAGGGGUUACACUACAAUCCUUAUUUCCCUGGGGGAGCAAUUGCUAUGCCGAAAAUGCUCAAUGAUGAAGCUGUUGAGUAUGAAGAUGGUGUCCCUGCCACCGAGGCACAGAUGGGUAAAGAUGUUGUGUCAUUCUUGUCCUGGGCAGCUGAGCCAGAAAUGGAAGAGAGGAAGUUGAUGGGAUUCAAAUGGAUAUUCCUACUAUCGCUCGCUCUCCUCCAAGCAGCGUACUACAGGCGACUGAAAUGGUCGGUUCUCAAGUCCCGCAAGCUGGUUCUUGACGUCGUGAACUAAAAACACAGUCUUCUUUUCAGCUAUGGAUGUUUUAAAAAAGAGAAGAGCCUUUCUUUCUCUGGGUAAUAACGUAUCUCUAUUUUUUAUGUGACGCAAAAAUCUUUGAUGGGACCAGUUCUCGCCGGAUGGUGAAAAGACCUCAUAUUUCUUUUCUUUUUCCCUUCCUAGUUUCUCUAGAGUGUUAUGAGGAUAAUAACGAAAACAAAUAUUUCUGCCUCAUAAUCAAACAUGAUUUUGAAGUUAUACACUAUGCUUUGUUUCUCCUCACAUACCGGUACGCUUCAUCUUUCCCGGUUUGUUUCAAUAAAGAAUAUUACUGUACUUGGUUAUCUGAAUUUACCUCAGUCUUCUUACUAAUUGAGUUUUCAAUCUUCUUUAAUCUGUCUUUGAU